UUUGUCGUGACCUGGAGUCGUGAUCUCAGUUCGAAGUUCGAACUCUGCAAAAUCCUGGGGAAAAAAAAAAAUCAAAAAAUAAAAAACCCCGAAACUCGAAAAUCAGACAAUUAAACCAACGACGGCCCUUCAAUUGUCAAUCUUGGAAGAAGGGCCUCAACAUUUUGGGAUCGUUCAAAGAAGAUGGACGAUUAUACGAGAGAAAUGAUGGAUUUAAAAACCCUCGUUACACGUACUCUUGAGAAGAAAGGCGUCCUUGCCAAGAUCCGUGCUGAACUAAGAGCUAGUGUGUUUGAAGCAAUAGAAGAGGAAGAUAGUGUGAUAGAGAAAGACGAAGGACUUCCUCCUGCUCUUUUGGGCAGCUGCAAUGACCAGGCAAAGCAACUCCACAAUUCGCCGUCAGGAAGACUUCUGACUGCAUUGAUAUGUGAAUAUCUCGAUUGGGCUGAAUUAAACCACACCUUGAAAGUGUACUUACCAGAGUGUAAUUUGCCAAAGGAUUCCUGGAAAUCAGAGUUAAAAGAAUUUAGCAGCAAGAAUGGAUAUGAUCUUAACCGGAAUGGAGACAGCGGCCCUUUACUUUUGGAUGUUCUUGAGGGGUUCUUGAAGUAUGAGAAUUUAUCUCAAGGAAGGACUAGCAACAGGAGAUUAACCACACCUGAUGCUGAAUCACUAUCCAAUUUGGAAGCUCGUAACAUUAGGAGACCUUCAUCAUCAUCGGUUACUGGGGGGUUACCUCCACUUGGAAGGCCUCUUCCUACUUUACAAUCUUCUGGUAAUUUUUAUGAUGAUUUUCCUUCAGAUCGUCGAGCUGGCUCAUCUACGUCUAGUUAUAGGAAAGAUGAGUACAAUUGGAGAUAUGAAAAUGAUGAAGUUCCUGAAGAUGUAGUCCGUGCCUCAGCUGCUCUGGAAAAUUUGCAGCUGGAUAGAAAAGCUCGUAACUUAACUACUUCUUGGAGGCAUGCAACAUCUGAGGACAGCUGAGUAGGCACCCGCAUGAUCUUUGACUUAGCUGUGAAUGGUUUUUUAUGAUCCAUCAAUGUUUGUUCUCGUGUGCUUUAGUUUUAUGUAAGAACAAUGUAUGCUUUUGUAUUUGCAGUUUCAGUUAUAUUUCAGAGCUGUCUUUUUCCCUUUAUAUUCAUUCACCUCUUGGUUUCUACCGGUCUCCUUUCUCCUGGUUCACCUUUUCCUUCUCUUUUGUCAAGUGUUAGUUGGAGUGAGUUUCCUGUAGGGUGUGAGAUUGUUGUAUUUAGGAAUUGCUGAUUGUUGCUUGACCUUUAUGUGAUGCUUAUUAUUGAAACACACCUAAUUACGCCUA